GUAAAUGUGAAAGGAAAAAGUCUCCCACUUUCUUCUCCCUGUACUCCCCUCUCCUCUCUCCCAACAGAAGAGACAGAGAUCCCUCCCCGUUUCUUCACCUAGAUUCUUGAAGAAGAAAAAAGGUGCAAUUUUUGGAGCGAAUCUAGAGGGUUCUGAUCUUAGACAGGAAGUUUUUUUUUCUUUUCAAUUUUGGUUGAAUUGGUUCUGAGCUAUGACUAGGGCUUGAUGCUGAAAGAUGUUUGGAUCGAAGAGGAGGGUUGAUGAUGAGAUGGAGCUGAAGAAGGAUAGAACCGUGAGGUUCUAUCCUGAAGAGAGGCAAAACCCAUCUAAACCUGUGUACCAAUUGCCAAAAACCGGUGGACUCAGCAGAGUUAGCCCCGGGAAUGUAGGGAAGUCCAAGGUGUUCCCUGAGGACCAUGAGCCUUGGAGGAAGAGAAUAUUCGAUCCGGGUAGUGAGAUUGUGCUGAAGUGGAACCAUAUAUUCCUAAUCUCAUGCUUGGUUGCUCUAUUUAUAGAUCCUUUGUACUUCUAUUUGCCUUCUGUUGAUAACGAUAACAAUACGUCGUGCAUUAAGCUGGAUCACAAUUUGAGCAUUGUUGUCACCUUUUUCCGGACGCUUGCGGAUUUAUUCUAUAUGCUUCACAUUGCUAUAAAAUUUCGGACUGCAUAUGUUGCUCCAAGCUCGAGGGUGUUCGGCAGGGGAGAGCUCGUCAUGGAUCCAAAAAAGAUUAGAAUGAAGUAUUUGAAAACAGAUUUCUUUGUAGAUUUAGCAGCUGCACUGCCACUUCCCCAGAUAGUCAUCUGGUUAGUAAUACCAGCGAUUAGAAACUCUAAUGCUGAGUACAACAACAAUGCUCUUGCUCUGAUUGUCCUAAUCCAGUAUGUUCCAAGAUUAUAUCUCAUAUUCCCACUUAGCUUACAAAUUAUUAAAGCUACAGGUGUUGUUACAAAAACUGCUUGGGCUGGAGCUGUUUAUAAUCUACUCCUCUACAUGAUUGCUAGCCAUGUUUUUGGUGCUGCCUGGUAUCUGCUUUCAGUUGAAAGGCAGACAACAUGCUGGAGAUCUGAAUGCCAUAAAGAGCAUAAUAUUGGCUGCAUAACAAAGUUUCUAGACUGCGACUUUUCAAGUCACACAGAUAGGCAAAUAUGGGCAAAUAAGACACAAGUUUUUUCAAAGUGCAAUGCUGAUGGUAGUAUCAGUUUCCAAUAUGGUAUAUUUGCAAAUGCAUUAACCACUGGUGCUGUCUCCUCAGACUUCAUUAGAAAAUACUUCUUUUGCCUUUGGUGGGGUUUGCAACAAUUGAGUUCGUACGGCCAGAAUCUGCAAACGAGCACUUUUAUUGGGGAAACAUCAUUUUCCAUUGUGAUGGCCAUUAUUGGGCUUGUUUUAUUUGCACAUUUGAUCGGAAACAUGCAGACAUAUUUGCAAUCUAUAACUGUACGGCUUGAAGAGUGGAGACUGAAGCGAAGAGACACUGAGGAAUGGAUGAGACAUCGACAACUUCCUCAUGAUUUGAGGGCGAGAGUCAGGCGUUUUGUUCAAUACAAGUGGCUUGCAACAAGAGGUGUGGAUGAAGAAGCUAUAUUACAGACUUUACCUUCAGACCUUCGUCGAGAUAUCCAACGUCACCUAUGCUUGGACCUUGUUCGACGGGUACCAUUCUUCUCCCAAAUGGACGACCAACUCCUCGAUGCAAUCUGCGAGCGUCUAGUCUCCUCCUUAAGCACCGAAGGAACUUACAUCGUCCGUGAGGGGGACCCAGUAACCGAGAUGCUCUUCGUCAUCCGUGGACGACUCGAGAGCUCCACAACCAACGGUGGCCGAACCGGCUUCUUCAACUCCAUUACCCUUCGUCCUGGUGAUUUUUGCGGGGAGGAGCUCUUAGCGUGGGCCCUACUCCCUAAAUCCACCGUCAACCUUCCAACCUCAACUCGAACUGUUAGAGCCCUAGUUGAAGUUGAAGCCUUUGCACUCCGUGCUGAAGAUCUCAAGUUUGUCGCGAACCAAUUUCGUAGACUUCACAGCAAGAAACUUCAACACACAUUUCGGUUUUAUUCUCAUCAUUGGAGGACUUGGGCUGCUUGUUUUAUUCAAGCAGCUUGGAGACGGUUUAAAAGAAGGAAAAUGGCGAAGGAUUUGAGAAUGAGGCAGUUGUCUGCUUCUGCGUCUUUUGCUUCAUCAAUUUCUGAUGAGCAGUCGAAUGAGGAGUCGGGGCUUGAAGAUAUUAGUAGGUCAAGCUCGGUACCGAAUACUUCUCAGCAGACAAAACAUUUUGGAGCGAUGAUGCUUGCAUCGAAAUUCGCAGCAAGUACGAGAGUGGGAGCUCAGAAGAUGAAGGACUUGCCGAAAUUGCAGAAGCCAGAUGAACCUGAUUUCUCUGCUGAGGGUUACGACUAGGUAUAGAAAUAUUACUUUAUUGUAUGAGAGCAUUUAUAGGAUUACAGAAGUAAUUUGUGUUGUAUAAUCAUUUUACAUGUAUGUAUUCGUGUGCAUAUUGAGAUACAAGCAGAUGUGUUGUGAUAUCUGUUUUCUUUCUUCCCCCCCUCUUUCAAGAUUGCAUCAGUUUCUUACACAAA